AUUGCAGUGUGUUUUAAUAUAUUACUGACCGUGAAAUAACGUACAGUUUGUGUUUCAGGAUUUUGUGUUAAUAUUGUGUAUUUUAACUUUGUUAUAUUAUUUAUUAUCUACUAUUGUAAUGAUGGAAUUUGUUAUCGUUUUGAUAUUUUGUGUGGUUCUUGUGAUUGCUGUAAUGGUAAUUGGUUCCGGGAUGGGGAAAGCUACUUCUUCGCAGCGUCAGAUGGACAUCAUUAACGUCGCUCAGAACUUAUAUGUUUUAAUUAGGAAAGGCGACUUGAAGAAAUGUGACGUUACGCAGACGACCGCGUUUCUUCUCAACAUCGCAAAGUCAACUGUUCUCAAGUACUACAAGAAAGACAUUGAAGAAGUUUCAACACCAGGAAAAAAGAGGAAAAAAAGGCCACAGGAAGGAAAGUCACUUGACACAGUCGACGAUUUCACAGUAAAUGCAAUCCAGAAUGCAAUUUACAGGAUGUACGCUGAAGGUUUGAAUGUUACAGUCGACACCAUUUUGAAAGAAAUCAGGGAAAGACAAAUAGAUUAUUAUGGUGGAAGAUCAAGUCUUCAUAAAUUGUUAAAGAAGAUGGGAUUUUCAUGGACAACUGUUGAUGGACGAAAAGCUUUGAUAGAGAAUGAAAACAUAGUAUUGCAGCGAAUAGAUUUCUUGAGAAAGUAUAAAGAAGAAAAAGAAAGAGGUGCCAAUUUCAUAUUUGUUGAUGAAACAUGGAUUUUCCAGAGAGGCAAGGCAUUAAUUUAUUUGAAAAUUUGUUCUGUGGUCCAAUACAAAGUAUUUCAUUUCCAUUUCAUAUAUUUUUCAGGAACUGUAUCAAAGUCAUGGCAGGACAAGAGUCUACAAUCUGCGAAGAGACGUACUGUUGGAGAUGGUAAAAGGUUUAUUGUUGUUAAUGCUGGAGGGCGCACUGGCUUUGUGCCAGGAGCAGGAUUACUUUUUGUUUCAGGUCAGAAGACUGCAGACUACCAUGGCGAGAUGAAUGGGGAAACUUUCUUGAUGUGGUUUGAAGACAUGUUGGUGCAUCUUGAGGAACCCAGUGUCAUCAUAAUGGACAAUGCUUCAUAUCACAGCACCCAGGUUGAGAAAACACCUACAACGAACUGGACCAAGGAUGCACUGAUCGCGUGGCUGGAGAAGAAUGAGAUAAAACAUGAAAAUAAUUUGUUGAAAGUGGAGCUGCUGAGAAUAGCUAAACAAAACAAGCCCCGAAUACGAUGGGCGAGGUGUGUGGAUCACGUGGAGAAGCUAAUUCAAGCAGACUGGGAGAGAGAAGUCCACAUAGACAGCGGCACCAUUCCUCCACUCAUCAUCCACCUCGGCAAGGAUAGUUCAAGUGAAGACAGUGACAGCGAAGAAUUUGAGGUUACGACACAGCAAGUAGAUGGAGACAGUGAAGUACUGGCAGUUCCUCUUGAUGAUUUACCCGGGUGUUCUUAUUGAGGUCUGUAUGUAAUAAACACCUGGGCAACUGUAA